UGGGCCGGCGGCCGCCGCCAGUGCGAGGGCUACAGCGGCGUGGAGAUCCGCGACCUGAGCAGCUCCUUCCGGGACGGCCUGGCCUUCUGCGCCAUCCUGCACCGGCACCGGCCAGACCUGCUAGAUUUCAACUCACUUUCCAAGGACAAUGUGUUCGAGAACAACCGUCUGGCCUUCGAAGUGGCCGAGAAGGAGCUGGGGAUCCCGGCCCUCCUGGACCCCCGUGACAUGGUCUCCAUGAGGGUGCCCGACUGCCUCAGCAUCAUGACCUACGUGUCGCAGUAUUACAACCACUUCGCCAGUGCUGGCCAAGCUGGUGUCUCACCACCCAGAAAGGACCUGGCACCCUCAUCCCCACCGACUGUAGCAUCUCCUCCAAUGGAACCAAGAGACAGGGCUCAGGGUGAGGAGCCGUCCUCGGACAGCCUGUCGGAGCAGGGUGCCCAGCGGCCCCCCAGCAGCACCUGUGCGGCCUGUGGACAGCACGUGCACCUGGUGCAGCGGUACCUGGUUGAGGGCAAGUUGUACCACCGGCACUGCUUCCGGUGUCGGCAGUGCUCCAGUACCCUGCUGCCCGGGGCUUAUAGGAGUGGGCCCGAGGAAGGCACCUUCGUAUGUGCAGAACACUGUGCCAGGCUAGGCCCAGCGGGGCGGUCGGGGACCAGGGCCCCGCCGCAGCUGAAGCAGCAGCCCCAGCAGCAGCCCACAGGAGAGGUCGGGGAUCUCCAAGGGGCUGGCCCUGGCCCGAGUGCAUCUGUGGGGCCUGAAGCAGAUGGACCCAAGACCAGUCCGGAGACCCGGCCCCAGGUUCCCACCAAACCCCAGCUCCCCAGCAAACCACAGGAGCUGGCGCCCCCCAGCCCCCCGGCCAGCCGCCCCACGCCUGCCCCUCGGAAGGCCUCCGAGAGCACAGCCCUGACGCCCCCCACACCCCGGCCCCGGUCCAGUCUGCAGCAGGAGAAUGCGAUGGAGCAGGGCGGCAGCAGCGGCCUGGUGAAUGGACGACUGCACGAACCCCCUGUCCCCAAGCCGAGAGGGACUCCCAAGUUGUCAGAGAGGACGCCAGCCCCCCGGAAGGACCCACCAUGGAUCACGCUUGUACAGGCAGAGCCAAAGAAGAAGCUGGCCCCACUCCCUCCAAGCAGCAGCCCAGGGCCACCGAGCCAGGACAGUAGGACGGUGGAGAACGGAGGUGUGGAGGAGUCAGCCCAGCAGAGUCCAGUGGCCGGCCCGGAGCCCAAGCCCUACAACCCCUUUGAGGAGGAAGAAGGAGAGGAGGAGGAGUCCCCGGCUGCACCCAGCCUAGCCACUAGCCCUGCCCUGGCCCACUCAGAGUCUACAUCCAAGACCCUGCACCCCUGGUAUGGCAUCACCCCUACCAGCAGCCCCAAGACAAAGAAGCGCCCUGCCCCCCGGGCACCUAGUACGUCCCCACUAGCCCUCCAUGCUUCCCGCCUCUCGCACUCGGAGCCACCAUCAGCCACGCCAUCGCCAGCCCUCAGUGUGGAGAGUUUGUCCUCCGAGACCUCCAGCCAGACUGCCAGCAGGGACCUUCUGGAGCCGCCAGCUGUGCCCAAGAGCUCCUCAGAGCCUGCUGUCCAUGCUCCCCCUGGCACCUCUGGAAACUCUGCCAACCUCUCCACCCACUCCUCCCUGUCCUCCUCUGGGGAGCUGGUGCAGCAUGGCACGGAGCAGACGCCUCAAGCCAGCUCUGGCCUUACCCCCAGACCAGGGGGCAGCCCCGGGCUGCAGCCAGCCAAGCCCUGCAGUGGCGCCGCCCCCACCCCUCUCUUGUUGGUUGGAGACAGAAGCCCUGCGCCUUCCCCGGGAACCUUGUCCCCACAGCUGCAGGUCAAGUCAUCCUGCAAGGAGAACCCUUUCAACCGGAAGCCGUCGCCUGCAGCAUCCCCGACCACAAAGAAAGCCACCAAGGGCUCCAAGCCAGCGAGACCCCCAGCCCCAGGACAUGGGUUUCCACUCAUCAAACGCAAGGUCCAGGCAGACCAGUACAUCCCUGAGGAGGACAUCCACGGGGAGAUGGACGCCAUCGAGCGCCAACUGGAUGCCCUGGAGCACCGUGGGGUCCUGCUGGAGGAGAAGCUGCGUGGUGGAGUGACGGAGGGCCGUGAGGACUACAUGCUGGUAGACUGGUUCAAGCUCAUUCACGAGAAGCACCUGCUGGUGCGGAGGGAGUCGGAGCUCAUCUACGUCUUCAAGCAGCAGAACCUGGAGCAGCGCCAGGCUGACGUGGAGUACGAGCUGCGGUGCCUUCUCAACAAGCCCGAGAAGGACUGGACUGAGGAGGACCGGGGCCGCGAGAAGGUGCUGAUGCAGGAGAUCGUGACCCUCAUCGAGCAGCGCAAUGCCAUUGUCAACUGCCUGGAUGAGGACCGGCAGAGGGAGGAGGAGGAAGACAAGAUGCUGGAAGCCAUGAUCAGGAAGAAAGAGUUCCAGAAGGAAGCUGAGCCCGAGGGCAAGAAGAAGGGGAAGUUCAAGACCAUGAAGGUGCUGAAGCUGCUGGGGAACAAGCGUGACGCCAAGAGCAAGUCUCCUGGGGACAAGAGCUAAGAGCCAGGGGAGCCUGCUGGGGGCCGCCCUCCUGGAUUAGCCCUGGCCAUUCCGCUGCUGGGGCACCCUGCUUCCCAGCUCGGUCGAGGAAAGAUGAUGUAGGGGAGGGAGCCUCUGCGUGAUGGCCUCUCCCUCCUCAGGGUCCUCCGGCUGGUCUGGGCCAGAGUUUCCCUCCGCCUUCUCUGAGCCCCAGGUGGCUGGACUCCGCCUUGUUUGGUCUGAUCCUGGUGACUCCAGACACUGUGACUGGCCCAGGGACAAGCAGGCUCCAGGGGCCAGGGAGGGGCAUUCUUAGCUGUCUACCUUCUGCCCGAGGUAGAUGUCCAGCCCAGGGGCCCUGUCCCUGUGCCCUACCUGUCUGGGCAGGCCAGCUGGCAGGGCUUGGUGCAUCGGCUGCUUCCUGCCCCAGCCUGGCUCCGAUCUUGUCUUCCUGUCCAAUGCAGGUGCCCCUGCCUCUCUGUCCCUCCCCACUCAGGAGCCCUGUUUGUGAAGUCCCUAGUUAGUAACUGAGUGGCCUGUGGUGUGUGCUCAGACAUGAAUGGGCCUGAUGGGGGGAUCCCUCUUCAUUUCCCCAAAGUUCUAGGAGAUGCAUCUCUCAUCUCAGGCUUGUUACCCAGGAAGCCCCACUCCCCAUGACAGGGCUGUGAGGCCGUGCUGGCUAUCGGGUGCCUGCGUUGUCCCCCAGGGCUGUGGCCCCUCUGAGAAGCAGGCCCUGGUUGCAGUUCUGGACCCUGAUCACCAGCCCGGGGAGGGUGUGCUUCAAGUAGGUGCUAAUCCUGGCUGCUUAACACGUCUAGUCUGACCGCAAGCUCGGCCCUCUCCCACCCUGGCCCAGAAAUGGGACCAGUUGCCGUGGUCACCAUUGAUCUGACCAAUAGUCUGUCUCUCUCCUGUUGUCGGUCCUUUCCCUGACUUGCUUCCACCCAAGGGCAGAGGGCCAUUUCCCUGUGGGCUGUCUGGGAGAGGAAGAGCCACGGGGACAGCCACUUUCCCCAGAGAAUGUGCCGGCAGCUCUCAGUCAGAGCACUGUUGCUAUAAGCUACCCUGGGAUGCCACUAGGCCCCUUCCCUCAGCACCCCUGGGAGAGACCGCACUGUCCUAACUCGCCAGGAUUCCCCUCCCCAGCAGUAAACAGACCACCUCAGCUGCCAGUGCCCUGUGGCCUUGGGCCACAGUCACGUCUGCCUUCUUGCCCACUUCUGCCACGCCUCAUGGCUAGGCCUCUCUGGUUGCCCGGGAGGCUCUGAGGCCAACUAGGGCUUGGGCCUCAGUGCCUGCCACCUUCAGGGCUUCCUUCCUCUGCAGGGAGAGGUGGCUCCCCACCUCUAGAGCCUCUGGCCAUCUCCUUACAAACGUGCCUGCUGACCCGAAGCUGGGGUUGCCAAGGCCCAGGCCUUCCACGGACCAGGCAGGAAACACAGGAAUGUUACCUGAGGGAUGGCUCUGAUGGCCUGUCCCAGUGUCUGGAGACAAGGGUGGUGGGGUGAGGUGAACUGGAGUGUUCAUGCCACAGCUCAAGGGACACUCUCCCCACAUGAGUCACCAGUGGAAUGAAUGUGGGCUCAGCGUUGCCAGAUCAUUUCCAUUGUUCAAAAGAAGCUGGAAAUCCAA